UCUGUUGGCCGGGUGACGAGAGCAUAAGGCGGGUCUGAUGCGGCGGGCCCCGCUAGCUGUCUAGGCAUCAGGUGCUUCAUUGCUUUAGAAUUCUGCUUUAGCAUGGAGGUACUAUUGCAGCGUGGCUCCUGUUCAGCAACUCUUGUUCGCAGCGUCGACUUCGACUUCCAGGUCUGUCUGUCCGUGUCGCCUUCACUGUGGGAAUCACCCGUUGCCCCUCUUGCGGUCGAUUUCCUCCCUUUCCUGCUUCUCUUUCUCAGAAUUUGGUACGGAGGGAGGGAGAGAGGGCGGGAUCGAGACACCAUGGUGCAGACGUUAAUUGAUGGGGCCCUAGGGCUUGUUACCACUUUGGAGUUUUACAUGCCGGCUGCAUGUGAGGGGUCGAGCCCUCGUUGGUCUGGUGUGCAAUCCGUGAGGGUUGUGGCAGCCGUGUCGAGUGGGGCACCAGUACAAGAUGCUACGGCUGCUCCGCCGGUUCGGCGGAACUGCUAUCAGCUGGCACCGAGCACGCUGACGCUGAAGGCGAGGAAGUCGCGGAAGCGGGGGGGUGGAGGCCGGAGCAAUGGCGAAGGCGGCGAUGGACACGAUGGCGGAAAUGGGAACUACGGUGGAGAUGGAAGCUGGGGCGGGAGUGGCAAUGGCAAGGGAGGUUGGGAUUCUUGGGGGGAGAGUUGGGACGAUGACAUUCGGCCUUGGAAACAGGAUCCUGGAAAGAGGGAUCUUUUGUUCACACCGACGAGACUUCCGUCUAUCAAUUGUACAUAUUCUAUGCAGGCACAGUCAUGAGUUCACUUAUGACUGCCUUCGACAAUCCGAUCGAUAUUGCAUUCCAAUGGAUAGAAUGAGAGGAUUCCCCGAUUCGUUGACAUCUAUUAUCGGCCUUGGCCGAUUUCUGUGGGUUACUAGUCGGCUGACUGUGCGUCUGAGUUUUGGAGGAGCGAAGCAAUCAACAUCGUUUCGGCACCGCUUUGACGGAGAUUUGCGCCUUCCGAAAUUACAUAGCGCUUCGGGAGACUAUUAAUCCUUAAACGGCUACUGUUUUCGCUGAUACUUUUUUGCUUUAGGAUUUUUUUUUUACUGAGAACACUCUCAGUAUUUUAUGUGCAUACUUUGUGCAUUAAUUAGGGUGGAUUGUUCGAUUGAUUAGGUUGUGAUCAACGACUGAAAAGUUAGGUUGUGAUCAACGACUGAAAAGUACUGUCUUUUUAGACCAUGUAAUUAUGAAAGUUGUACUGAGGCAGUUAAAUGUCAUAUGUAAUAUUUUCAUCGUCUCUGUAUAUUUGCAUAUCAUUGUUUUCGUCA